ACUGACACCGGCUCAUUUAUUUGUGUAAAAUCUGUUUGUGUACAGAUAUUUUCGUCUAGAGUUGGUUUUAUUUGCUUGCCUUCAGGAUUGGCUUGGGUACCCUGUACUACUUUUAAGGAAACACCACUUAUUAUUGCAGGUGUGUGUUGGUUCGACUCAGCAUGGCUGUGGUCAUCCGUUUGCAAGGUCUCCCGAUUAUGGCGGGGACCAUGGACAUACGCCAUUUCUUCUCUGGACUGAUCAUUCCGGAUGGUGGUGUACAUAUUGUAGGGGGUGAACAUGGUGAGGCUUUUAUUGUGUUUGCCACUGAUGAAGAUGCCAGGCUUGGCAUGAUGCGUACUGGUGGUGCAAUAAAAGGGUCAAAAGUUUCACUGUUGCUCAGUAGCAAGACAGAAAUGCAGAAUAUGAUCGAGCUUAGCCGUAGGCGUUUUGAAACUGGAAACUUGGAAGUCCCGCCAACAAAUUCUGGUAGGGCAGGGCCACCUGUCAGUACAGGGGGAAGUGGAAGGGGUAGUUUACCAGCGAUGCAAGGUUUUAGCAGCCCCACUUCUAGUGUGGUAACCACAGCCUCCUCGGUGCACGAAGCUGUAGGUAACAAAAACAUGCCCACGUUUUCCACUGCCGGCAUGGGAAGCAUGCCUCCGAACUUCAACAACUUCAGCAGCCCAAACCUCACUAUGGGAUCCACCAUGGCGACUGCCAUGCCUCCCAUGAACUCUGUGCCGCCAAUGCCACCUUUGCCGACAAUGCCAUCUCUACCACCCAUGCCUUCUAUCCCCCCAAUGCCAGUUCCACCUCCAGUUUCCGCUUUGCCUCCAGUUCCCCCUGUUGCCCCAAUACCAGCAGUCCCCCCUGUGCCACCUAUGACGCACAUGCCUACACACAUGUCUAGUUUGCCACCAUUUAAUCCAGGGGUUCCUCCUCCACUUGGUCCUAUGCCCAGUGGCAUGGGUGGUUCAGGUCCACCAAUGCCCAUGAGCAACCCAAACCACAUGUUUCUAGGUCCUAUGACUCCUAUAAACCCCCUGGGUCAAAUGAAUCCUCCCAGUCAUAUGAAGCCUCCCUUGGUCAAUCCAGAUGAACUGUACGUUUAUAUGCAAGGGAUUCCGUUCUCUGCCACAGAGAUGGACGUGAGGGAUUUUUUCCAUGGGUUGCCGGUGGAUGCGGUAAAUCUUCUGAGAGAUCACCUGGGUCGGGUGAGUGGCAGAGCGUUCGUAAAGUUCUUCUCCCCUCAGGACACGUAUGAAGCUUUGAAACACCACACAGGAAUGAUGGGUCAGCGUUAUAUUGAGGUUUCCCCUGCAACAGAAAGGCAGUGGAUGGUUUCAUGCACGGGAAUGAGCAGCACAAAUCAAGGACUAUCUAAACACAGCAGUGGUCACCCGGAGCAAGACCAGUAUCACAUGCACUCUAGAUCCGAGUCUCCUUCAGGGAAGGACCGGGCAAGGUCCCGCUCUCCUCAUAAACACGAGUACUGUGUCUAUUUGAAAGGUCUGCCAUACGAAGCCGAAAAGCGAGAGAUUUUUGAAUUUUUCAAAAACAUUGAGUUUAUGGAUGACACUGUUUACAUAGCUUAUGGACCUAAUGGCAGAGCAACAGGAGAAGGCUUUGUUGAGUUCAGAAAUGAAGCUGACUAUAAAUCGGCCCUGGGUCGCCACAUGCAGUACAUGGGGAGCCGUUUCAUUCAGGUUCACCCCAUCAGUAAAAAAGGCAUGCUUGAAAAGAUUGACUCUAUUAGGAAAAGGAUGCAAGGCUCGCAGCAGAAUGAUCAAAAAGGUAAUUCGUUGGAAAGUGGUGGAGAUAACUCUGCCAAGAUUUGUGCACACAUCUCGAAUAUUCCAUACAAUGUUUCCAAGAGUGAAGUGCAACAGUUUUUAGAGGGGAUUCAGCUUGUAGAAGACAGUUUAAGAGUUCUUGUAGAUGCUAAUGGUCAAGGGUUAGGGCAAGCCGUGGUGCAGUUCAGGUCAGAAGAGGAAGCGCUUAAAGCUGAGCGUUUACAUCGCAGGAAGUUGAAUGGAAGAGACGCUUUUGUACGCCUUGUUACAAGUGAACACGUUAAAGACAUAGAGAACAACCCACCGCCUCAAGUUAAGAGGGGGCACAAAGUGCAGGGGAACCCCUCAGGGCACCAGUUCCCCAGUGUGGGAGACGACUUUUCCUUUAUGAGAGGAAAUUCAGGGAGUAUCAACAAUGGUCCUCCGUUUAAUCCCCCGUUCAGCGCCCCAGGUAACGGGUUUGGUGGUCUGCCACCACCCUUGCCCCCAAUAGGAGGAGGACUAGGUGAUGGACCAAUGGGGGUUCCGCCUCCCCCACCUGGGGUUGGCGGCCACAUGCCCGGUCCAGCACACGAGCCGCUAGGUUUCAGACCUGCCCCCGGCAAUACCAAUGCACCUCCAGGUUUCGGGGGAGCCCCUGAAGGGAUGAUGGGUCCACCACCUUUUGAUAAUGGACCUAGAAAAAAUAGCGGCCCUCCAGGCCGGGGAAAUGGCCAGAGUUGUUUGGGUAGUUCACAAGGUUUUGGUUCAGGCUCUGAAAAUGUAAGAGGGCCCCCCGGUUUAAGCAGCGGGCCUGGCAAUUCAAGGCCUACGGUAGUUAAGAUACAUAACAUGCCGUUCACAGUCUCUGUUGAUGAAAUUUUAGAUUUCUUUUAUGGUUACCAAGUAUUGCCAGGCUCUGUGUGCCUGCAGUACAGUGAUAAAGGGAUGGCAACGGGAGAAGCAAUGGUUGCUUUUGAAUCACAUGAUGAAGCAAUGUCGGCAGUCUUAGAUCUCAAUGACAGACCUAUUGGCUCAAGAAAAGUGAAGCUUAUUUUAGGGUAGAUGUAAAGCCUUAGUGUUUUUGUUUUCUAGGGAUAACCCUGUGGAAUACAAUGAAUGGUUGUAUACUAAAGAUUCUACUAACACCAGGCAGCAUUUAAGUUAUUGAAAGAAAACGUGUUCCAUAUUUCACCUGUUUUUAAAACCUGUGGAUUUUGAAUUCAUAGCCAAUAGCUCCUGUUGUACUUAACACUUUUUAUAGAUAAUAUGACAAAUUAAACACUUGUGAAUUUAACUCCUGUGUUUGAUUGAUUAGUGCAGCGAGUAACAAAUGAAUGGAAAAUCCCAUAAUGUAUCGUACUAAGACAACUUAGUAAAAAGAAAAGAAAAAAAAAGUAGAUUCUGAUGUAGAGUCUGUUGCUGAAUUUAUUUCUUGUGUUAAGAAGCAUGUGAUAGCUUUGUUAAAGGCACUGGCAUCUGUGUAUGUGUUUGUUUAUUGCUGUUUCUUCCUCCUGUAUCAUUUCUGAUUUGUUUUGUACUGGAGCAGGUAUUAGAGUACUGUAAUUCAAUAGUGCUGACAUGCCUGCCGUUUGCAAAAAACUAACAACGCCAGAGUUGCAUUAGAGCUCUUUGUUAGUUUUGUGAACAUGUGACUUAGUUUAAAUCUUUUUUUCCCUCUCAUGAUGAUUUUUUUGUUACAUGGUUCCUGUUACAAGUCCAAAUGUAAAAGAAUAAAAGCUAAGCCCAAAAUUUAGAAUGGUGUUUUCUUUUUUUUUUUUUUUGGUUGGAUAAUAUCCAGACAGAUCUGUUUAAAUUCAAUACAAUUUGAAGUGGUGUUUUAUUCCCAUUUCAUAUGUUAAACAGAGAAAUAUUUGAGAUUUUUGAAGAUUUUUGGUGGAUCCCUGGAAUUGUUUUUUCAUUUUACAACUGUGUACACUACGUGCAAAUCAAGAUGCAUCAUGUUUUGCGAAGAUGUAGAUCCAUAUUUGGAGUGCUUUUGUAACUGUAGUGUGGUUGAAUAUUUUUUUUGGACUUGCUUAUGACUUUCCUGCUCAUUAUUUGCAUUUGUAUAUACUGUUCAGCAUACACAUCUUUGUCAAUAAACUGCAUUCCUUAAAGAAAUGACCCAAA